CAAGUUUUCAAAGAAAAAAAAGAUUAGAAGAGAGAAAAAACAGAAAGAGAGAAGCAGAGUUUCCAUCGCUCUUCUUCUUCUUUUAUUAUUAUUAAUUUUUUUUAAUCGUCGUCUCUCUUCGCUGAUCGGAUCAUUAAAUCCUUUUUUUUGGUUAUUUUUGGGAAAAUCUUAAGAUUUGCAUUUUCGUAACAUUGAAUUUUAACUCUUCACUUUUUUUUUUCUCGUACGAAUUUUUAUUAUUUUUUCAAUCAAUUUUGAUCUCCGUUUUCUAUUGUUUUUCUUGGUCGUUCAACUUGACGACUUAGGGGAAAAAAGGGAAAGGAAAAAAAAUACAAUUUUGUUUAAUUAGGGUUUGAUAUGGCUGCAAAUAUUAACACGGCUAAUUUCAAUACCUCCGCGGCGGUGACCGCUGUUAAUCACUCUCCCAGUAGCCCUAACCAAUCACAUCCUGUCACGAAUCCGGUUUCUUCGCAACGGAAUCAAGUUGUUCGUGGAGAAUUGGAGCCGAUCGCGGCGGUUCCUUUAUCGUCUUCGUCGUAUUCUUCAUCAUCACCACCAACGGCUAUGAUUGAGCCAACUGUUACCACGAUGGGCGAAGAGGAAGGGGCGGAGCAUGGGAAUGUUGGUCCCAAUGGCAAUGCUGCUAAGAGACCGGCUUGGAACAAACCUUCUAACCUGACGUCUGAGUCUGAGUCUGAGUCCGUUAUGGGGGCUCGCGCGUGGCCCCCCUUGCCUCAGUCCGCUAGGGCUCCUUCCAAAUCACCUUCAGAUUCGUCCAGAGCUUCGUCGGAUGGAUCAGAUUCUCCUUUUGUCCCCGGUUCUCAGGGGAGCAGACCUGCAUCAUCAUCCUCUUCUUCACAGAAACAAGUCAGGAACAAUGCAAACUUCAGUUCAAAUUCCAGUGCAAACCAUACAAUGCCUGCACGCCAGAGGUCAAUGAAGCAAAAUAGUAAUAUCUCUGCAUCCAAUGGUGGCCUUUCACAGCCACCACCUCAAGGUCCAAUGGUUGAAGCACCUCUGAAUAGCCCAUCUAGGGACCAUAUACAGAGAACUGGAUUUCUGCCUUAUAGUGGUGGUCCUGAUCAGCAGCAUCCACGGAAUUCAUUUAGACAUCGUAACAAUGGUCCGCAUCCACGAGGAAAUGGUUCUCACCAUCUGAAUCACAGAGGAAGGCGUAAUCAAGACCAUGGAAAUCAAGAUUGGAAUGGUCGAAAUUUUAUUAGUAGGGAUGGUCAUAUGAUGCCAAGAGUUGCUCCCAGGUUUAUGAGGCAUCCACCACCACCUUUGCCAGCUAAUACUGGACCACUUUUUGCUCCCCCAUAUGUUCGCCCUUUUGGCACCCCUUUUGGCUUUCCGGAAAUUUCAUCUCAGUUUUAUUUAGUCCCAGCCCCUUAUCCAGAUUCACUUAGAGGUGUCCCUUUUAUUCAACCAAUGCCGCCAAUGUUUCCCCCUCCUCAAGAGCCUCAAGACCAUCAGUUGCAUGCUAGGAUAGUGAAUCAGAUAGAUUAUUAUUUCAGUAAUGAAAAUCUAAUUAAGGAUACAUACUUGCGGCAGAACAUGGAUGACCAGGGCUGGGUUCCUAUUAAAUUGAUUGCUGGCUUUAGAAAGGUUUCACUUUUGACAGCUAAUAUUCAGCUUAUAUUAGAUGCUCUGCAAAAUUCAACAGUUGUGGAAGUGCAGGGCGACAAAGUAAGGAAGCGGAUGGAUUGGAUGCGUUGGAUAAUGCUGCCUUCUUUUCAGUUCCCUACCAAGUCUGGUCAAGAUAUGCUGGUAGCCGGUGUUCAAAAUAUUUCAUUGGAUCAGGGAACUGCUAAUAAUCAGACUGGUUGAAUGAGCCAAGGAGAUGCUAGCGCUGAUGGACAGUUAGGUAGAUGAUGAUCUGAGAAAACAAUGGUUACGGAUGUAAUUGAAUACAAUAAAAUCAAAAAAGCUUAACUAAAUUUUCCAAAAAAAAAAAAAGGCACAACUCUUUUUUAGCAUUUAAAGGAGGAAAAAGUAACAUGUUAUAGACCCUUUUAACUUUAAAUAUUACAUAUAAUUUCUUACUAUACCGUUCAA